AUGACGCGCGCACAGCAAACCAUCUCCCUCGCCCUCCUGGUCUCUUCCCUUUACCUCGCCCUCUACCUCGAGCUGAUCCCUCUGCCCGCCCUAGUCCAGGAGCAAAUCGUCCCCGUCCUACCCUUCUGGGCUCUCGUCUCCUUCGGCGCGCUUCUCCUCUUCCGUCUCGGCUUCGGCGUGCUCACCUUCAAUGACGUGCCCGAGGCGCACAAGGAGCUAAUGCAGGAGAUUGGCCAGGCCAAGGUCGACCUCCGCAAGCUCGGCGUCGACGUCGACUAA